CAACGGAAAAUAGAAGAGUGUGAUGCACAAAGUGAUUGCUCAAACAGACGGGACUCGAAUGUCACUAGCUUCGUUUUAUAAUCCAGGAAAUGAUGCAGUAAUCUAUCCAGCACCAACUUUGGUUGAGAAAGAGGAAGAGGAAAGACAAAAAGUUUACCCAAAAUUUGUGUUUGAUGAUUACAUGAAGUUAUAUGCUGAACUCAAGUUUCAGGCCAAAGAGCCAAGAUUUGAAACCAUGAAGGCCACGGAAGCAGAUGUGAAAAGUGAUCCGAUUGCAACUGCUUAGAUUCCAAUUUAAUUGGAAAGAUGGAGUUUGAAAAGAAAAUGGUUCGUUUUAGAAGUUUUACUAAUUAAACCUAGUCAUAUAUAAACAUCAUUUCCUCUUCUUUUGUAUGAUAGA